AAAAAAAAAAAAAAAAGAAAGCUGCUUCGUUUCCGCAUUGUAAAAGGAGCACUGUUGUUUUCCUUUCUUUCUUCCUAAAAAAAAUAAAACUUUUUCAAUUCAACAAAAGAAUGGAAUUUCCGCAGGACGCCGGGAUCCGAAUUUCUCGAUCGCUACGACUAAUUUAAUUCAUCGCGUCUUCUUCUCAUUCUCUUCCCGCGUAAUCUCCAUUCCGCUGCUAUCAACCGAUUUCUCUUCCUCCUCCUCCUUCCCUUCUCUUUCUUCGCACUGAUUUUUUUUAGUGUAAUUCAUGGAGAGUUAGAGGCAUUAUUUUAGGAGGAGUUUAGUUACUGGUUGUGGUGUUUGGAUUUGGAAAUUUGGAACAAUGUCGUCGAGAGGCGAACAUCAAACCAUGCCGCUGUCGGUUCUACUGAAACGAGAAUUAGCAAGCGAAAAGAUCGAAAAUCCAGAGAUUGUACACGGACAAGCAAGCCAGAGCAAGAAAGGCGAAGACUUUACGUUGCUUAAAACAGAAUGCCAAAGAGCAAUGGGAGAUGGAGUCACCACAUUCUCAGUUUUCGGGCUCUUUGAUGGACACAACGGGUCUGCUGCUGCUAUUUACACUAAGGAGAAUCUCCUUAAUAAUGUUCUAAAUGCUAUUCCAACAGAUCUUAAUAGAGACGAAUGGGUUGCUGCCCUUCCAAGGGCUUUGGUUGCAGGCUUUGUUAAAACAGAUAAAGAUUUCCAAGAGAGAGCACGAACGUCAGGUACAACUGUAACCUUUGUGAUAAUAGAAGGAUGGGUUAUAACAGUUGCUUCUGUUGGUGAUUCUCGUUGUAUAUUUGAAUCAGCUGAAGGUGGAAUAUAUUACUUGUCAGCUGAUCAUAGGCUUGAAUGCAAUGUAGAGGAGAGGGAACGGAUCACUGCAUGUGGGGGUGAGGUUGGUCGGUUAAAUACUGGUGGUGGUACAGAGAUCGGUCCUUUGAGAUGUUGGCCUGGAGGCUUGUGCCUUUCGAGAUCCAUUGGUGAUGUGGAUGUUGGGGAGUUCAUUGUUCCUGUUCCAUAUGUAAAGCAAGUAAAGUUGUCUACUGCUGGUGGUAGGAUGAUUAUCUCUAGUGAUGGUGUUUGGGAUGCUUUAUCGGCUGAAGUUGCUCUUGAUUGUUGUCGCGGAAUGCCACCAGAUGCAGCAGCUGCACAGAUUGUGAAAGAAGCAGUACAGGCAAAGGGUCUUCGAGAUGAUACAACCUGCAUUGUUGUUGAUAUCUUACCACAAGAGAAACCGGCAGCUCCUUUGCCACCACCAAAGAAGCCAGUAAAAGGUAUGUUCAGGGCCAUGUUUCGUAAGAAGCCUUCUGAAUCAUCUUCCCAUGUUGAUAAAGAAUACAUGGAGCCUGAUGUGGUGGAGGAAUUAUUUGAGGAGGGAUCUGCUAUGCUUUCGGAAAGGUUGGAUACAAAAUAUCCACUUUGCAACAUGUUUAAGCUGUUCAUGUGUGCAGUCUGUCAAUUAGAGAUGAAACCUGGAGAGGGUAUUUCAAUUCAUGCUGGCUCAUCUAAUUCAGUAAAGUUGCGUCCUUGGGAUGGUCCUUUCCUUUGCUCUAGUUGCCAGGAGAAAAAGGAAGCCAUGGAAGGGAAAAGACCAUCAGGAGGAGUGAGAAGACUUGUGUUUUACCUUGAGUGUAAAUGGAGAAAGAAAAGAUAGGCUGAAGGUUUCACAGUCUCGGCAGUGCAUGGUGGCAUGCUUCAGAGGUAACUGUUUUUUCCGUGCUUAUCCCAUUGUAUACCAGUCGCUCCAAUUCAUAGAGCUAACUUUAAAUGGCAGUGGACUUAAGUGUAAUGUUAUAAUAUAUAGGGAGUUUGAUGAGUGCUCAAACACAUUUGUCCAAAGUUAGGAGAAACUUGCGUGAUUAGCUUGCUUAACGAAAUUUGUUCAUGUAUCAUUGAUAUUUAUUCCUUCCUUUGACAAGUGGGAAGGAAAUCUUUGGAAUGGAAAAAUUUGCAAUUCCAUGAUUUUUUAAGCAAAACGUUCAAUUCUGUUUUAAUUUCAAUUUCAUUCUCCACUGUUUUGAUAUAUUUAUUUUAAUUAGCUAUGGUUGGUUAAUCAUUAACUGUUAAUUGUUUUGCCAUAAAUACACAUGCUUAGUUUGUGUACAUAUCUUAAUCUUUUAUGAU